GUGCAAUGCGCCACGAACGGUUAUUUGCUAGCAGAUCGUUGUCUGGAACGGUUUGCAAACUAGAGAAGAGUUUAGGCGGAAUCAAGCGUGCCCAGUGAGGCAACAGUGCGAAGGAAAAGCAGUUUUGUGUGCUUAGUGAAAGUGAAUUGGUGGUGUGGACGGUGACAAGAACAAGCAGGAUCGUCAGGUGGUGGUGAAAGUGUUUUUUUGAGGAAGGAUUCAAAACGCGGAUAGAGUGUGCAGUACAGUUCUCGCAGUUACUACCUUAGUCUACAUUUGACAGGAUGAAACAUAUGCUAGCUUUGCUUCCCCUGGCGGGACUCAUUACCCUAGCGACAGCCCAGUACGGUCCGGCCCCGCCGAGACUAAACAUUCCCGGCGCCAUCCCACUGCCACCGAUCCGCGAGGAACGUCUACUUCCGCAGCAGCCACCGCAAGUAAUACGCGUGCGACGUCCGGGCGCGGUGCGCAUCACCGCCCCGAACGCCAUCCACCACCAACUACCGUCCGCCACUCCCAAAUUCCACGAUCUCAGCACGAUCGAGCAUAAGCCGGUGACCGAGGAACCGGAGGAUGACUUCCGGCCCGCCUUCAUUCCGCAGCUCCAACCCCACCAUCCCCCACCGUCCCCGGCACCGGCUCCACCAUCCCCCGCCGCUUCCCCGGCCCUGCAGUAUCCGAUUCCCGCGGACGAGCAGUCGACCGAGCGCGACCGCGAACUACAGCAAAAUGUUCUCUCUCGCUUCAAUGCACAGGAAAACCGGCCGGCCCCGAUACCUCGUUCCCAGAUCCCGGAACGUUUCUUCUCCACCGACAAGGAGCCGCAGCGCUUCCCGGUCGAGCGCCCGCAACCACAGCCCGCCCCGAAGCAGUACCGACCAGCACCACAGCAGAUCGCUCGCCCGGCGCCGAUAGCCGCACCACAGCAGCAGCAGCAGUCUUUCCGCCAGCAGCAACAUUUCCAGGAUGAGGAUCGUCGCCCAGCACCGCAGGGUCGCCCACAUUCGCAGCUCGAACAGGAUCAGCAGGAGCGCAAGCGCAAACCAGUAGCACAGAUUCUGCGCAAGUGGCGCGAAGAGCACGAGGACGGUUCGAUUACGUGGGGCUUCGAGAAUGACGAUGGUUCGUUCAAGGAGGAAACGAUCGGUAUCGAUUGCGUCACCCGCGGACGCUAUGGAUACGUCGAUCCGGAUGGUGAGAAGCGCGAGUACAACUACGAAACCGGCAUCCAGUGCGAUCCUAACCGGCGGGACGAAGACGACGAGGACAACCUGGAGGUGGACUAUCAGGAAAAUAAGGCCGUCCUGCCGAACGGUGUGCGACUCGACCUGAACAACAUGGGCAAAAAGCAGUCCAAGCGGCCAAGCGGUCAGCAGCAAUCGCAGCAACCACAGUACUAUCGUAACUAGAUUUAAUUCCAUCGAGUCCCUACAUUCACUCUCACACACUCACACCUCAUUAAGCCGUUUUCUCUUCAUAUUACCUUCGGGCUGAAUAAUAAAGCGGAGCUGAUAAUCGAAUGUA